UAUAUUCCUUCGACCACAUUUUAUUAUACUUUCCAUAGGAAGAAAAAAGAUUCGUGAAUAUUGUACUCGGAUAUUGGAAGGAAAGGAAAGAAAACAGUGAAAUGAAGGAAAGACUCACCGAGCUUCCAGUGUUCUCUGUGUGCACGUUCGAUUCACGUCGCAAAAACAAACUGACGUUUCCACGCUGUGCCUCGACGUGACAAAAGUGAAAUCCUCGAGUGAAGGAUCGCGAAAAACCUUUACAGGUAUAUCCAUGGUGUGUGGUUUUAUUGAGUAUUGUUCCAUCAUUCCGUCCUGGCUUUUUCAUGUUAUCACUGAUUGGUCUACGAGGGUGCAACACACUUCAUAUUGCUUACGAUGCUUAAUUAUAUGAGCGGAAACACGCAACAAUAUCAUAUACGAUGCCGCGCCCGGUGGGUGGACUCCGUUGUUGGUACUGGCUGGUGCCACUUGUUGUUUGGGGUCAGCAUUACCAGCAGGAUAUAACAUAGGUGUCAUGAACAAUCCUGCCGAACUGAUAAAAUCAUUCUGCAAUGAGAGUGUCAAAGAAAGAUUGGACAUACAAAUGUCCGAAUACCAGCUCAAAGUACUAUGGUCUGCUAUAGUAUCAAUCUUUCUUAUCGGAGGAGUGACUGGAUCCUUAGCGGCCAGUUGGUUGAGUGACAGGUUCGGGCGGAAGGCUGCGAUAGGUGUUGGAAAUAUCAGCGGAAUUUUGGGAGGUGUUCUACUCUUUCUCGUACCAAUCGUAAACUCAAUCGAGCUUUUCUUAAUCGGCCGAAUCGUCGUCGGACUUUCCGGCGGUCUCGCUACCAGUCUGCUACCGAUGUACCUAACGGAGAUAGCUCCUUUGAAGUUACGAGGCGCUGUUGGAGUUCUGUGUCAAUUAGGAAUCACGUGUGGUGUAUUGAUGGGCCAAGUCGCAGGGCUCGACAAUGUCUUAGGUACUCUCGAGUUCUGGCACAUCAUGUUAGCGUCGUUCGUGCCGCUGUGUGCCGCUGCGUUGUUCUUACUCAUCACUUUGCCGGAAAGUCCAAAGUACCUGUACGUAAUCAAAGGACAACAAGGAAAGGCUCUUAAAGAGCUCAGUCGUUUACGCAACAUGGACGUAAUGCUCCUGCAAAACGAGAUUACCGAUCUGCAGAAGGAACUGCAAAUGAAAUCAAUUACCGAGAUCUGGAGCAUGAAGCGUGUAUUGAGCGAUCCGGCUUUGAGACUGCCAUUGUUUCUAGUGUGCCUCAAUCAAUUCGGCCAACAACUCAGUGGAAUCAAUGCGGUUUUCUAUUAUUCCAAUCCGAUAUUUCGAGCAGCCGGAAUUGGACACACCGAAGCGGAAUACGCGACUCUGGGUACGGGCGUAGCCAACAUCGUGAUGGCGAUCGUAUCUGUACCAGUGAUGUUGUUUUUUAGCAGACGGAAAGUACUAAUACUGAGCGGUGUUCUGUCCUCAAUAUGCCUUAUCGUCUUAUGUAUUUCUAUCCUCUUGAUCGAAGCGUCACCGUCGGUCAUGUCGGCAAUUUGCAUUGCCGCGGUCUUAGCGUACGUCGUAUUUUACGGUAUCGGCCUCGGCCCGAUACCGUAUUUCAUCGGCUCCGAAUUAUUCGACAUAGGUGCCCGACCGAUCGCCAUGUCGUUGGGCAGCGUGUCCAAUUGGGGUGGAAAUUUUAUCGUGGGGAUGAUGUUCCCGGUCAUAGAAGCUGAAAUAGGCUCGCUUACCUUCCUGAUCUUCGCCUUGUUCACGCUGCUAAUGGUGUUGGUUAACAAGGUGUAUCUGCCCGAAACACAAGGACGAAGCACGGCGGAUAUAGCAGCGACCAUGACGCGAGGCUUCAAAUCGAGACCAAACGCAACGUCUGGUUCGUCUUAACGUUUAUCAUAAGGCAUAAAUUAAAUGCUUUUUUAUACAGCUUUUUAACGAGAUACAAAUUGUCGGUGGCACGCGACGUACUGAUGUUAUCGCGCAUAGUUGCUCAUGGUUUAUUCUGUAAAUAAUUCGCGUAGCAAUGCUAACUUAUUCGAGCGACGACCGCGCGAGUGAUUUUCUACACCCGAGUAUUUGUACAGAUUUGUACGUUCCGCUGCACUGAGAAUUUUAUCAUUGUUGGAUAUACAAAAUGACAUCGUGGCAUACACGUAAGAGAAUAAGUAGAGUACGCGGUUAGGAUUUCUACAUUUAUAUCUUUCGAUGUACGUCCAUAUCUCCUAUAUAAAUUUCCUAUAUAUCGUA